GCGCUGGUGAGGGAGUUGACGUAAUCUCGGUAAAUCAAGACAGUUUGAUCAAUUCUCUCCGCCUGGCUGCAGAGAGACCUCCGCCUUAUCAUCUUUACGGGGAAACAAAGCUCCACAAGUCAUUGGUCACGCUUCGAGCUCCAGCCGGAGGAGGACACCAUUAGAAUGGGCCUUUUUCGCCAGAGUGGACUUUACGACAGUUUCCCCGCUUGCGCAUUCUGAUAGAAAAACAACACGUUUGACGUCCGCUAGCUUAAUCGUUAGUGGUUGCCGCUGCCCUAUGGUCUUGACGUUUCUGGAGUGACAGUCUUUGAAGCCGCACACGUACGGUUCAUCGGGGACAAUGCUGUGCUGCUAAAAAAAAAAGAAGCACCCGGCUGCAUCCUGUCGCACUACUGAACAACGUAAAGAGAAAAUACCUCAGAAGUGCCCAGAAGCAUCUCUACAACUUUCAUCAACAACACAAAUCAGGCGAGAUGUAUCACCUCAGCAUACUUCCUUGACACCAAUUACUAAUUUCCUAUUUUCCCGGGGUUUGGGGCCGUCUUGUGGCAUUUUGAGUGUAGUCGAAAAAGCAUGAGCGAAUAGUUGAAUUGUGAAUCAUGGUGACUAGGUGUAUUUUUGUAGACAUGCACUCGGCGUAAAAACUAGCGCAUAUUCAGGUAUGCUUUAUCGUGUUUGGGUAAUUGGUAGACCAGAGGGCAUUUUCAAUCUAACGUCCCUGGCGCACCUGACAAGCUGGUGGCAGAAAGUAGACUAUAAUUUAGACCGGCUAAAUGCCGGUCUAAGUUGUAGUGCAAGUGGUGCAAGAUGAUUUUGCUGGAUUUCAUCAAGGCCCAGGCAGACUACUGUAUUUCCCCACACCAUAAGUUGCACUAAAAAGCCUUCUCAAAAAACGAAGGUGUGCCUUUUGUGUGAACAGAAUUCCAAAAUCUGUAGAUGUUAUGUGGCUGCCGCCAUAUGCAGGGACGCAAUAUCUAAAUGUCAUAUGUAGACCCGAUGAACCAAUCGGAGGUCAUUACUAGGGGUGUAACGAUUCAUCGAUACACAUCGAUUAAUCGAUAUAAUGCUCUACGAUUUGUUGGCAUCGAUGCUAAACGUAAAUAUCGAUCUAUAUCGCCCGUUUUUGACCUCGGACAUUAGACGUGACUUUAUUUUGAAACCCAGUUCAUUGUUGCUUGCUUCCUCUUUCCGGGAGCAGUGCGCGGCGUGUUGUGAGCAGAGCAGGCACGUGAAACGGGAGCCGACAACUACGCGGCUCCUGGGCUGGUGCUAUUGCUAGUGUCCAAGAAGACGGGGAAAUUCGCUCCCCUUUGGGCUUCCAGUCCUUCGUUUGGAAGCACUUUGUAAUUUCCUAAAUAAAGAGUUUGCAGUACCUUGUUGAUUUUGCGGAUGAAUUGUUAUAAAUCAGGAAAUUGUUCUAUAUCGAUCGUAGAGCACUAUAUCGUGAUGUAUCGUGAAUGAAUCACAGCAGGCUUCAAGAUAUCGGCAAAUAUCGUAUUGUGAUCCUUUGCAUCGAUAUGAUAUCGUAUCGUGACAAAACCCGCGAUUUACACCCCUAGUCAUUACGUUGUACGUAAAAUACGUAGACCGGGGCGGUAAACCAGUCGGAGGACUUUACGUAAUACGUAGAGUACUUACUGCCACCGCGAUUGAUAAAUACUUUCGGUUUGUGCAAAGCAAACAGCAUUUUAGAGGGUCAUGGCAUCGACGAAGAGACAUGCUUAUGAGGCACAAUUCAGGCUUUCUGGAAAGCUGGGACCAUUGCCAAAGAGCAACGUGACAGCAAUGCGACAAUGGCAAGAAGGAACUUGUUUGUGUCAUGGCGAACUUGCCCAACUGUCUCAUUUGGAUACAGAAGAUGAAGACUUUGAUGGAUUUGCGUAUGAAUGUCGAUUAACAAUAAUGAGGGAGGGCACACGACACAACUUACUUGGAGACAGUCCUGCACGGCAAAAAUGUCCGGAGCAUCAGUGAAAGUCGCUGUUCGAGUUCGACCCUUCAACUCCAGGGAGACGAGCAAGGAUUCGAAAUGUAUCAUUCAAAUGCAAGGCAACACUACAACUAUUCUCAACCCCAAAACCCCAAAAGAACCAGCAAAGACCUUCAGUUUUGAUUACUCCUACUGGUCCCACACGACGCCGGAAGACCCCUGCUUUGCCGCACAGAACCAAGUGUACAAUGACAUUGGCAAGGAAAUGCUGCAGCAUGCCUUUGAAGGCUACAAUGUGUGCAUUUUUGCCUACGGCCAGACUGGGGCUGGCAAAUCCUACACCAUGAUGGGCAAGCAGGAGGAGGGCCAGGAAGGAAUCAUUCCCAUGCUCUGUGAAGAUCUAUUUGAGAAAAUCAAUGAGGAUAACAACAAAGAGGAGCUCUCCUAUUCAGUAGAGGUCAGUUACAUGGAGAUCUACUGUGAGCGGGUGCGGGAUCUGCUCAAUCCCAAAAACAAAGGGAAUCUCCGAGUGAGAGAGCAUCCACUUUUGGGCCCCUACGUAGAGGACCUCUCCAAGCUUGCUGUUACUUCUUAUACCGACAUCGCUGACCUCAUGGAUGCGGGCAAUAAGGCCAGAACUGUGGCAGCUACCAACAUGAAUGAGACCAGCAGCAGGUCCCAUGCAGUGUUCACCAUUGUCUUCACACAACGAAAACACGACAGCGAGACAGACCUUUCCACUGAAAAGGUCAGUAAAAUUAGUCUUGUGGACUUGGCAGGAAGUGAAAGAGCAGAUUCCACUGGAGCUAAGGGGACCAGGCUGAAGGAGGGCGCAAAUAUCAACAAGUCCCUAACCACGUUAGGAAAGGUCAUCUCUGCCCUGGCUGAAGUCGAUAACUGUACCAGCAAGAGCAAGAAGAAGAAGAAGUCAGACUUCAUCCCAUACAGAGACUCUGUUUUGACAUGGCUCUUGAGGGAAAAUCUUGGUGGAAACUCUAGAACUGCAAUGGUUGCCGCCCUCAGUCCUGCUGAUAUCAAUUAUGAUGAAACUCUGAGCACACUGCGCUACGCUGAUCGAGCAAAGAAUAUCAAAUGCAAUGCUGUCAUCAAUGAGGAUCCCAACAAUAAGCUGGUGCGUGACCUUAAGGAUGAAGUGGCUCGACUGAAAGAACUACUGCGUGCACAAGGACUGGGAGACAUCCUGGACAUUGAUCCUCUGGGGGAUGAUUGCCCAGGAAGUGGAAUCAAAUGUGACACAACUCAAAGCUUUAGAAUGCCACUGCUCAGUUGUCAAACUGAGGUUCAGAGCUUCAGAACAAAAGACCUCAAAGACAUUCAGAACAAUAAGAAUAGAUACUUGAUAGCCUCAGAGAACCAACGCCCUGGCCAUUUCUCCACAGCACCUAUUGGUUCCCUGACAGCCUCACCGUCCUCUGGCUCACUGUGCAGCCAGGGGGCUCUGCAGUCGGCCACCAGCAUCCAAGAGCGCAUCAUGUCCACACCUGGUGGAGAAGAAGCUAUUGAAAGGCUCAAGGAAUCUGAAAAGAUCAUUGCAGAGCUCAAUGAAACCUGGGAAGAGAAGCUGCGAAAGACCGAAGCAAUCCGCAUGGAGAGAGAGGCAUUACUUGCGGAAAUGGGCGUAGCAAUCCGCGAAGAUGGCGGCACUUUGGGCGUGUUCUCUCCUAAAAAGACUCCUCACCUGGUUAACCUAAACGAGGACCCCCUCAUGUCUGAGUGUCUACUCUACUACAUAAAAGAUGGAAUUACAAGGGUGGGACAGGCUGAUGCUGAAAGACGGCAGGAUAUCGUCUUAAGUGGUGCUCAUAUCAAGGAGGAGCACUGUAUAUUCCGUAGUGAGAAGGAUGCUAAUGGAGAUGUUAUCGUCAUGCUUGUGCCCUGUGAGGGAUCAGAGACUUACGUCAACGGCAAACGUGUUGAGGACUUUAUUCAGCUGCGUUCUGGAAACCGUAUCAUUAUGGGAAAGAACCACGUGUUUCGCUUUAACCACCCGGAGCAAGCUAGGGCGGAAAGGGAGAAAACGCCGUCGGCCGAGACCCCUGUGGAGCCAGUCGACUGGACCUUCGCUCAAAGAGAGUUGCUGGAGAAACAGGGUAUUGACAUGAAGCAGGAGAUGGAGAAAAGGCUCACUGAGAUGGAAAUCCUUUACAAAAAAGAGAAGGAAGAAGCCGACCAACUUCUUGAGCAGCAAAGACUGGUAUAUGAGAGCAAACUACAGGAACUUCAGAAACAGGUUGAGACACGUUCUCUGGUUGCCGAAACGCCAGAUGAAGAAGAGCUGGAGGAGGAGGAGGAGGAGGAGGAAGAGGAAGUGCCGUGGACUCAGCACGAGUUCAACCUGGCUCAUUGGGCCUUCAGGAAGUGGAGGUUCCACCAGUUCACAUCGCUCCGUGACCAGUUGUGGGGGAAUGCCGUCUACCUGAAGGAGGCCAAUGCCAUCAGUGUGGAGCUAAAGAAGAAAGUCCAGUUCCAGUUUGUUUUAUUGACAGACACCCUGUAUUCGCCCCUGCCCCCGGAGCUCUUGCCACCAGAACCAGAAAAAGAGCGUGACUCCAGGCCUUUCCCUCGCACGGUGGUGGCCGUUGAGAUCCAAGACCUGAAGAAUGGAGCCACGCACUAUUGGUCCCUUGAGAAACUCAAGCAGCGUCUGGACCAGAUGAGGGAGAUGUAUGACCGAGCAGGAGAAAUGGCUUCCACGCACCAGGAGGACUGUGGGGAAGGCACUCUGACGGGAACCGACCCUUUCUAUGAUCGCUUCCAUUGGUUUAAGCUUGUGGGAAGCUCCCCCAUCUUCCACGGUUGCGUAAAUGAGCAUCUGACCGAACGCACGCCCUCGCCCACCUUCUCCACCACCGACUCUGAAAUCACUGAGUUGGCGGAUGAGCGCCAGAGCGAGAUGUCCGACUUGAUCGACGACGAGGCGUUUGUCGACGACACCAGCUCAGACGCCGGCACGGAGGAGGGGUCGGAUAUCUUCAGCGACGGCCAGGACCCCUUCUAUGACCGCUCCCCCUGGUUCAUCCUGGUGGGAAGAGCUUUCGUGUACCUGAGCAACCUGCUCUACCCCGUACCACUGGUUCAUCGUGUUGCCAUAGUAACAGAGAAAGGAGACGUGCGAGGUUUCCUGCGUGUCGGGGUUCAGGCCAUAGCCGCUGAUGAGGAGGCCCCAGACUACGGUUCUGGAGUAAGACAGUCGGGAACUGCCAAGAUAUCCUUUGAUGACGACUACUUCAAAAAAAAUGAUUUCCCAGCCACAGUUAUGAUCCAAUCUGGUUUGUCCCUGGAAGAGCUGCGCAUAGUGGAGGGCCAGGGUCAGAGUUCAGAGGUCAUCACCCCUUUAGAGGAGCUCAACAGAAUCGACGACAUAAUGACUCCAAACACAAACCGUGGCCCUCCUCUUUCAGACCAAGAGCCCAAGCUGCCUUGUGGUGACAGUCCACCAGGCCAGUUGGAGAUAGGGAGCACCUUCACCUUUCGUGUCACCGUGCUCCAGACCACUGGUGUCCCACCAGAGUAUGCUGAUAUCUUCUGCCAGUUCAAUUUCCUGCAUCGUCACGAUGAAGCUUUUUCCACCGAGCCCUUAAAAAACACUGGCAAAGGUGCUCCUCUGGGUUUUUAUCAUGUCCAAAAUAUUUCAGUUGAAGUGACACAGUCCUUCAUUGACUAUGUCAAGACCAAGCCCAUCGUGUUUGAGGUGUUCGGCCACUACCAACAGCACCCGCUGCAUCUCCAUGGCCAGGAGCUGAUCAGUCCUCCAACACCAUCCAGGAAAUACUAUCCGAUUCCGAUGCCAUUGUCUAAACCCGUACCAGCCACCAAGUUGAACACAAUCACCAAGUCCAACCUGGGUCAGUGUGUCAGCAAAUACGACCUACUCGUCUGGUUUGAGAUCAGCGAGCUGGAGCCCACGGGAGAGUACAUCCCAGCUAUAGUGGAUCACAGUGGAGCGCUGCCUUGCCAUGGCACAUACCUGCUGCACCAGGGAAUCCAGCGGCGGAUCACUGUGACACUAAUCCAUGAGAAGGGUAGCGAGCUGCACUGGAAAGAUGUUCGCGAGCUGGUUGUUGGUCGUAUUAGGAACAAGGCUGAAGUGGAUGAUGGCGCUGCUGAUGCCGUCUUGUCUCUGAACAUCAUCUCUGCUAAGAACAUCAAAUCUUCCCACAACUCUAACAGGACCUUCUACCGCUUCGAGGCAGUUUGGGACAGCUCCCUGCACAACUCGCUCCUGCUAAACCGGGUCACUCCUUAUGGAGAGAAGAUCUACAUGACUCUGUCGGCAUAUUUGGAGCUUGACCAUUGCAUCCAGCCUGCUAUUAUCACUAAAGACAUCUGUAUGGUCUUUUACUCUCGAGAUGCAAAGAUUUCACCUCCCCGUUCCCUCAGGAACCUCUUUGGGAGUGGGUACUCUAAAACCCCAGACUGCAACCGUGUUACCGGGAUCUAUGAGUUGAGUUUGUGCAAGAUGUCCGAUUCUGGAAGCCCAGGCAUGCAACGCCGGAGAAGGAAGGUCUUGGACACAUCGGUGGCAUAUGUGCGUGGCGAGGAAAACCUGGCAGGUUGGAGGCCCAGAGGAGACAGUCUCAUCCUGGAGCACCAAUGGGAGCUGGAGAAAAUGGAGCAGCUGCAUGAAGUGGAGAAGACCCGCCACCUCCUCCUACUGCGAGACAAACUGGGAGAAUCGGCUCCCGUGGGAUCGGCGCCAACCACCAAGUCCCUGAGCGAGUUGCUGUCUCCAAGCAUGAGCUCGGGCUCCCUGUCCACUUCCACCUCCAUCUCCUCGCAGAUCUCCAGUACCACCUUUGAGAGCGCCAUCACACCCAGCGAGAGCAGUGGCUACGACUCCGCUGACAUCGAGAGCUUGGUUGAUCGUGAAAAGGAGCUGGCCACUAAGUGCCUCCGUCUCCUGACUCAUACAUUCAACAGCGAAUACAACCAGUUGGUGAACAGCAUCAGCGACUGCAAGCUCUCUGACAUCUCGCCGAUGGGACGUGACAUGUCGGUGACCAGCUUCAGCAGCGCCACGCUCACCCCCUCCUCCACCUGCCCUUCCCUCUCAGACUCCCGCUGUGGCUCUGUAGAGCAGAAGACUCCAGAGAACUGUUCCCGUGCAUCCAGCCCAUCCUGCUCAGAUUAUGAAAACUUCCCCAUGGUUCCCACCUUGGAGGCAUCCUACCUCGCACGUGCGGGGAAGAACGAAUUCCUCAACUUGGUGCCUGAUAUUGAAGAAAUGAGGCCGGGAUCUGUCGUGUCCAAGAAGGGUUUCCUGAGCUUCAUGGAGCCUCGCUCCAACUCGUGGGUGAAGCACUUUGUGGUAGUGCGCCGGCCUUACGUCUUUAUCUAUAACAGCGACAAGGACCCUGUGGAGCGGGGGGUGCUUAACCUUUCGACUGCACAAGUGGAAUACAGUGAAGACCAGCAGGCCAUGCUCAAGACACCCAACACAUUUGCUGUGUGCACAAAGCACAGAGGAAUCCUUCUGCAGGCCAACAAUGAGAAAGACAUGAACGACUGGCUGUACGCCUUUAACCCUCUCCUUGCGGGGACGAUAAGGUCCAAGCUGGCGAGGAGGCGUAGUGGCCUCAUCAAGAACUGAAGUGGAUACCACGAGCUCCAUUAUUUCUAAACGCCUUUGAACAUACCGAGUGUUAAUACCUAUUAAUCAGUUGUGUGAUUCUUGACGGUUUUCUCUUGUAAGUAGACUUGUGGCUUAACGUCUCCUUUCUUGCGAUUUCUGUCUCCCUUCCUCCUCAGCUUUUUAGGGUUUGGUUUAUUCACGACAAAGUCUCAUUUCGCACUGCUUCGCUGUCAUUCGAGUCUCUAACCAGUAGCAUGUCGUGAUAGUCUACCCGUGUGCACGAUCCUGCCGAAAACGUUUUUCUGGCCACUCAUUUUCUGUUUGCCAAUCACCUCUGAUAAUGUCUCCCCUUGUGACUUGUCACCAAGUUUUUAUUUAGUUUUUUUAUGCAUGAUAACAGCAGCAGUCCUCAGGAGAACACCCAAAUUGCUUACUGAAACACCAACAAAAAAAAUGGGAUUAAAUCAUGAAGGGAAAAUACAUGUCUCAAAGGGAUGCGUCUGCUCCGCGCAAAGCAACACAUGUUGAAGAACAAUUGCUGCUAAUGUAGUCUUUUUCACAAGAGUUACUUCAGGUUUAUGCCUCGUCCUAAGACGCCAGGGCCCCCUCCUGCUCCCAAAUGGCCUUUAGAAACCAAACAGCGUGUUUAGGAUCUCACUUAGUGACACGGCGAUGGACCUUCUCCAUGCUUUAGCCUGAUUGUGUGUACAUAGUUAUCCUGCCGUAGGGCAUCUCUUUGUGAAUGGGUACUUAUUCGAGAUUAUGGCUUUCACAUGAGCAGGACGUACAGGAAGCUCAUCUUUGGAUGUUUGAACGUGUACUUCAGGCGUGGGAAGCCAAUCUCAUGCACCGUGCAUGCUAUUCUAAACACAGGCAAAACCUCUGGAACUAGCUCAUAAUGAACUGCUAAUGAUACACAAAAAUGUUUUCACUCGAAAUGGUUCCCCACUCCUGAUACACCCGAACAAACUGGAGCCUUUUUGGCUCUCCGCAUGCUUCCCAUGGUUGUCAAAUGAAGGAAGGGGCAGCGUUUCAUGGAUGAAACGGCGUGCAUACUGCUUGCGUUGAACAUCCACUCAAUGUCAAUGUGUCAACACCAUGUGUUUUAUUCCUUUUUGCUUCACAAUCUGAAAUUUGCUCUUUCUUUGUUGCUACUAACCUGUUUUGUAUUAUGGCUAUCACAAUUUAAUAAGGAUUAUUUUUUUCUAUCAAAUGUGACAGGGCAUUUGUUUCUAUUUGUGAGCCAGCUGCGUUAGUGUUUUAACCUUAUUUUUGUGUACACUAUAGCAAGACAAGGGCCGAAAUGCACAUAUCAAGGUUACACUGGAUGGCUGUUACACAAAAGGGUUAUUAGAAAGAAGAUAUAUUCAAGGGACAAAAUACACAAAUACUUUUACUUGUGCUAUUGUUGGAGAAUAGUUGCUCUAUCUAUGCGUUCUUGGCUCCAUUGAGCUCCCGCUCAACUCAUUUUGGCGCCUCAGUUGUGACAUGUGAGCAUGAUGUGAUUGAUACAGAUGGGUGAUUUUAAACUCUGGCCAGCCAACCAGCAGUUUCACCUUGUAUAAUAUGACUACAUUUACAUAAAAUGAAGGUGAACAGAGGCGCCAAAACGGCUUUUAUUUUUCCCCCCAAUAGACUGACGCAAUUCCAAACGUCAUCAGCAACAUUUUUUCUUCAGGUCAGACAGCCUGCUGGUUGACAAAUUGAAUCUGAUGACUUUUGGGAUUUCUUUUUUUGUUAUUAUUCUCUUUUAUUUUUUGAGGAGACGUUUUGCAUUCCUUAUAUUAUUUGCCAGAGCAUAUAUUUUCCAUCUGUGGAGCGAAUUUGUAGCGUUCUCAUACUUUGGAGUGUCUAUUUAUUGUUUGCAAUGUACAUAUUAGUUUGCAGUUCUUUGCACAUUCUAACAAAAAAACAUUCAACUAACUGAUCAGAAUCUGCACGGUUUAGUUGCUCUUGAACCAAAUGAUGUGGCAUGGCAGGGGAAUGUUCUGUGAAGAUGUUUGUAUUUCUAGAGUAUUUGUAAGGGGGGGGGGGGGGGAGAAACCAAAUGAAGUUCAUAGUUUCCUAUUGGAGACAGUUGGUUGCAUUGAUACUCUCUUUUUUGCAUUAGAAAGGGAUUCCAGUAAAAAUCUGCCUGUGAUUGCAAACAUAUUCACGUUCUACUCGUAUGAGCCAGACAUUCUAAACAUAUUAGGUUUUUAUUUUAUCUUAUAUCAGGGAUUAUAAUAUGAAAUACUUUAUGAUAUCUAAUUACAUAAAUUACUGUUUGUGCUUCUGUCGUCACCUUGACACAUUUCCGUUGAUGCCUUUUAGACUGGACAAGAUUUCCCUCUGACAAUUAUCAGUUAACUCUUUGGAGUCACCAAGUCAUCAAGUUUCAAAUAGAAAAGGCAAACAUUAACAUUGUACAUUACUUCUUUUGCUUUCAUUUCCAUACUUAUUUUGUAAAUAUCUGUGUUGUAUGGAGCUUGAAUUAAAAUGUAAAUAUGUUUACUGUAUUUGUAAUAAUUAUAAUCCAUUCGCUGUAUAGCAUAGCUGUGUCAUGCAAAUAUACUAAUAACUGUGUCUGGUAAACCUGCACCAUUGGUCUGUCUAGUGAACGAGGAAACAAUAAAAGUGCAAACUAGCAACAA